AUGGACUUGGGCCGCGCUUCCACCUAUGGCGCAAUCAACAGCUCCCCAACGAUCUCCACGCUGACGCUGCUCUCUGGGAAACAUGAGAGCCUGCAGGCAGAGCUGCAGAGGGCCGUGGACAAGUUGGUGGACUUGAAUCCGGUUCUUUCUGGUCGGGUUUGGCAGAAGGCUGGUCAGAUUCUUCUGGAGCCCAAAGCUCACAAGGAGUUCCUCCGUACCGUGGAGCCUCCCAAAGAUUUUGAAAAAUUCUCCAUGGGAGACCUGGAAGGUUUAGACUUGCAGGGUAAGGUGAAGUUCCUUCAGACUCUUGAGCAGUCCUUGUGCUCGCCCAUGGAUGGGUGCUUCACUUUAGGGCAUGGCAGCCAAGUCUUCCUGGUUGAGCUGCUGAGCCUGGGAAGCAGCAUCCACGUGCUGGCGGUGCAUUUAUCGCACAUCGUGGGCGACAUAAGGACUUUGUAUGAUUUGGUGGGCCAGCUAAACGCUCUGAUGCGGGGUGAGGCCCCAGUGCCCCUAAUCUGGGACAGCGAUUUGAGGCUCAGCUUUGACCUUUUCCCCAGCUCUUUGUCCGAAAAAGACCGGCGGAAGCUUCAGUGGGGCAUCCUCGGCUGGAUGGUCCAGAAGCUUUGUGGACCCAAGCGUCUCAGCAGGGUCGCACUUCUGUCCAAGCCGAAAUUGGCCGCCAAGAAGCAGGAGCUGAAGGACGGAGCCUCUUUCCUCUCUAGCAACGACGUGAUCUCCGCGGCGCUGAGCCGCGCCAUACGAGGCUCUGACAUCAUGAACCUGGCCGUGAACAUGCGCGAGGGAGGGCAGCGACUGGCAGGAAACUUUUGGCAGACCGUGGCUCUCGACCAUGAGGCUGCCAAGGACCCCAAUGCCAUCAGGCAGCACCUCCCGAAGCGUCAGUUCUUCAAGACCGAUGAGAUGCCUCUCUGGCCAUAUGCGUUUGGCCGCUACAGCUUCGUCACCAAUUGGACGGCCUGCACGUGCCAUCUUUCCAUUCCUGGAUUGACCGUGCGCUGCCACCUCCCCCACUCCAAUUUCCUCAAGGGAACGCCCACGAAUGUGGCAGUCAUCUUCCACGUGGAUGCGGAGAACCUGGGCCUCAGCCACAAUGUCCCUCCAUCCAACCUGGACACCACAGGCCUCUUGGGUGCGCUGAUGCUCUGA